AUGUUUUCAAACACUCUUGGACUGUUUAUCUUCUUGGGAAUAAUAAACAGUAUUUUGGCAUCCAAAGCGACUUUCAAAAAUGAAAACUGUACGUUCAAACGCGAUGUGUUUUCAAGUUUUAAUGUGCAUAUUUUAAAUAAAAAUAAAAUCGACGUGGAUAUGAUUAUUGUAAGGACGCUAACUGUAGGCCUUAAGGCGCAUAUGAGCUUUGAAGCUCGUAUGUCCCCAACUAAAGCUUAUCAGAGUGUAUUAGAUCACGAUAUGGACUACUGCUCUCUACUUAAAGACUCCCAGAACGGAAUAUAUGGCCGGAUUGUCGUCACCAUGACCAAAUUGGGAAACUUCUCCAGGAGCUGUCCCGUACGACCAGGAUACUACUAUAUGCAUGGAUGGCAGUUAAACCAGGAUUCGCUGCCAUCAUAUUUGUACCUAAAAGAAUACCGGGUUACUGGUAGCUUUUACUAUGGAAAGCGCUCGAAAAGAAUGGAAAAUCAACUAGCGGAAUGCUCGAUGGAAAUGACUCUGAUUUAA